AUGGGUGACUGGAACCUUCUGGGAAGCAUCCUGGAAGAGGUCCACAUUCAUUCCACCAUUGUGGGCAAGAUAUGGCUUACUAUCCUGUUCAUCUUCCGCAUGCUGAUACUUGGAGCCGCUGCUGAGGAUGUGUGGGACGAUGAGCAGACUGAGUUUGUAUGCAACACUGACCAGCCAGGCUGCAAGGCAGUCUGUUAUGACCAUGCCUUCCCUAUUGCCCUCAUUCGCUUCUGGGUCCUGCAGGUUAUCUUGUGUCUGCACCCUCACUGGUCCUACAUGGGUCACGCCCUCUAUUGCAUCCGAACUCUAGAGAAAACCGGGCACCGGAGACGUGCCCACCUGAAGGAAGAACUUGAUGACGCUGAGUUGGAUUGAUCAACAAAACCGGUGGAGAGGGAGCUGAGGAGACUCGAAGAGCAAAAAAAAAGGUGAAGAAAGGCACCUCUUCGAGGCUCCCUUGUGAGAACCUACAUCAUUCAUAUCCUGACACGAUCUGUUUUGGAGGUUUCCUUUAUCCUGGGCCAGUAUGUACUCUAUGGUCCCAAACUGCAACCACUGUACAAAUGUGAGAGGCUGCCUUGCCCCAACACUGUAGACUGUUAUGUCUCCAGACCCACAGAGAAGACCAUCUUCAUGAUCUUCAUGAUUGUCAUUUCUGGUGUUUCACUUUUCCUCAACAUUCUAGAAAUAUCCCACCUGGGCUUCAGGAAAAUAAAACAGGCCUUAUAG